AGACAGGGAGGGGCACGGCCCUUGGACCUCCUCGCUAGGGUCCAAACCUGACACUGUAAUACUACCCCCACCUCCUCUCGCUCCUCCUCGUUAAUAACUUACACGCUCUUUAUUCCUUCUCUCUUCCUAACCCGGGAGAGCAAGAUAGCUAGCUAGCUCGCUAGCGCACACCAUGGAAGGAGGAAACCUCAUCAGCGUUCCGCUGCUAUGGCUGUUCCUGCUCACGAGUGUCAUAAUCAGCCCGUGUGUAUGUCUGAACCAAGAAGGGCUGUAUCUUCUGGAGGCGAAGCGCGGUCUGGACGACCCGGGGGGCGCCCUGGCAGACUGGAACCCCCGCGACGCCACCCCUUGCAACUGGACCGGCGUCUCGUGCUCGCCGUCUUCUUCGUCUUCUGCCGCUGCUGCUGUUGCCGCCGCCGUCACCUCUCUCGACCUCCCCCAGAACCUCCUGGUGGGGCCCCUCCCCGACGCGGUCGCCCUGCUGCCCUCCCUCCUCCACCUCGACCUCGCCUUCAACAACUUCUCCGGGCCCAUCCCGCCCUCCUUCGGCCGCUUCCCGAAGAUUCAGGUCCUCUCGCUGGUGAGCAACCUGCUCUCCGGCCCCGUCCCCGACUUCCUCGGCAACCUCUCCACCCUCCGCCAGCUCAACCUCUCCUACAACCCCUUCGCCCCCUCGCCCGUCCCGUCCUCUCUCGCCGAUCUCUCCCGUCUCGAGAUCCUCUGGCUGGCCGGAUGCAAUCUGGUCGGGCCCAUCCCGCCCGCGCUCGGCCGGCUGUCCAACCUCACCGACUUCGACCUGUCCACCAACUCCCUGACCGGCCCCGUCCCGGCCGCGCUGGCGCAUCUCGCGAGCGCCGUGCAGAUAGAGCUGUACAACAACUCGCUGUCGGGGCCGAUACCGCCGGGCCUGUCGAGGCUCCAGGGGCUCCGCCACGCGGACAUGUCCAUGAACCGCCUCGAGGGCCCGCUCCCCGACGACCUCUUCGACGCGCCGCUGCUGGAGAGCCUCCACCUCUACGACAACCUCCUCACGGGGCCCAUCCCCGCCGGGGUCGCCCGCUCCAAGACGCUCGUGGAGCUCCGCCUCUUCGGCAACCGCCUCAACGGGUCGCUCCCGCCGGACCUGGGCGCGAACGCUCCCCUCAUGUUCCUGGAUCUCUCCUCCAACGCGCUCUCCGGGCCCAUCCCGCCGGGCCUCUGCGACCGCGGCGUGCUCCAGGAGCUGCUGCUGCUCAACAACGCCUUCUCCGGCGCCAUCCCCGACGGGCUCGCCCGCUGCCGGACCCUCACGCGCGUCCGCCUCCCCUACAACCGCCUCUCCGGCGGCGUCCCCGACGGGCUCUGGGGCCUCCCGCACGUCUCGCUGCUCGAGCUCACGGGGAACUCCCUCUCCGGCGGGAUCUCCCCGGUCAUCUCCGCCGCCGCCAACCUCUCCAACCUCCUCAUCGCGAGCAACGGCUUCUCCGGCGUCCUCCCGUCGGAGCUGGGGAUGCUGUCCAAGCUCUACGAGUUCUCCGCCGCCAACAACCGGCUCACCGGGCCGCUCCCGGCGUCGCUCGGCGGCUUGUCGGAGCUCGGCCGGCUCGACCUGCAUAACAAUUCCCUCUCCGGCCAGCUGCUCCGCGGCAUCCAGUCCUGGAACAAGCUCAGCGAGCUGAACCUCGCCGACAACGAGUUCGCCGGAGGGAUACCGCCCGAGCUCGGCGACCUCCCGGUGCUCAACUAUCUCGAUCUCUCGAAUAACUUGCUCAGCGGCGCGAUCCCGAGUCAAUUGCAGAAUCUCAAGCUCAACCAGUUCAACGUGUCCAACAACCGGCUCUCCGGCGCCCUCCCGCCGCUGUUUGCGAACGACGCCUACCGCGGCAGCUUCCUCGGAAACCCCGGGCUGUGCGGCGACUUGGCAGGGCUCUGCCCUGUUUCGCCGUCCGGGCGAUCGAUCUUCAUCUUCGCGGCGCUCGUGCUCGCCGUCGGGCUCGCCUGGUUCUACUGCCGGUACCGCCGCUUCAAGAACGCCAAGCGCGGGCUCGACAAGUCGAAAUGGACGCUCACGUCGUUCCACAAGCUGGGUUUCAGCGAGUACGAGAUCUUGGAUUGCCUCGACGAGGACAACGUGAUCGGGAGCGGGGCCUCGGGGAAGGUCUACAAGGCUGUUCUGAGCAGCGGCAAUGCGGUGGCCGUGAAGAAGCUGUGGGGGCCGUCGUCGAAGAAUGCGGACCAGGUGUUCGACGACGGGUUCGAAGCCGAGGUGGCCACUCUGGGGAAGAUCAGGCAUAAGAAUAUAGUGAGGCUGUGGUGCUGCUGCACCCACAAGGAUUGCAAGCUUUUGGUUUACGAGUACAUGCCUAACGGCAGUUUAGGAGAUGUGCUGCAUAGCAGUAAAGGAGGGCUUUUGGAUUGGCCGACGAGGUAUAAGAUCGGGUUGGAUGCGGCCGAGGGACUCUCUUACCUGCACCACGAUUGCAUCCCGCCGAUCGUUCAUAGGGAUGUGAAAUCCAACAACAUCUUGUUGGAUGCUGAGUUUGGGGCUCGUGUUGCGGACUUUGGGGUCGCAAAGGCGGUCGAGACAAUCGGAAAGGGGCCCGAAUCUAUGUCCGUCAUCGCGGGUUCAUGCGGCUACAUCGCCCCAGAGUAUGCGUACACUCUUCGGGUGAAUGAGAAGAGCGACAUAUACAGCUUCGGUGUAGUCAUUCUCGAGCUGGUGACAGGAAGGCUCCCUGUGGACCCCGAGUUUGGGGAGAAGGACCUGGUGAAAUGGGUGUUGAGCACAAUCGAGCAGAAGGGAACGGACCAUGUAAUUGACCCUAAACUUGAAAUGUGCUUCAGAGGGGAGAUUCUUAGGGUUCUCAACAUCGGCCUGCUGUGCACAAGCUCUCUACCUAUCAACCGGCCCUCAAUGAGGAGGGUCGUGAAGAUGCUGCAAGAAGUGCGGGCCAAGAGCAAGCCCAAGCCCGAGAAGAAGGACGGCAAAUUGUCGCCUUAUUACUGCGAAGACACGUCUGAUCAGGGGAGUGUCGUGUGAGAUCGGAGAUGAAUCAGUCGAGGCUGUCUCUUUCGGCUUUAUAACGAGACAUCGAGUAACGCGGUGUAUAUUGGUUUUCCUUUCUGUGUUCCCUUUUUCCUUCUCACGAAGCUAGAAGGUUUUUAGCAUCUUUCCAAUUGCUAUGCCUUAUCCUGAUUGUAGUAUUAAAAGUUUGCGACUACUUUGUCUUAUGAUGUAUUAUGUGUUGAAUCAUCGAAUGAAUGAGAUAUUUCAAAGCUAGAAACUGCAUUCCGAAUCAA